UCACAGGACAACUCAGCCUCCUGGAGGCUCUGUUACUGCUGCUUCUGGGCCUGAGGCUGCUCCUGGGAGCUCACGGCAUGCCCUUGGCCCUGCUUGGCCUGGCUUUCUGCCUCCAUCCUUGGGCCUGAGUGCCCUCCUGAAAUACACUGGCCACACUGCUUCCUCAGGCCUCCUUUCCUCCACCCUGGGCUGGGCAGGUGCACCAGGCAUGAUGCAGCAGCCGCGAAUGGAGACAGAUGCCACUGGGGCUGGCGAGGGGCUGCAGCGGGCAGUGCCCUGGUCGGCUUGGGUCACACGGCAGGGCUGGGUGCGCUGGUGCAUGUGCCACGUGCCCCAGAGCUGGACCCAGUGGUGGACCACAUCGGGCUGGCGGCAACCACUGCAGCGCAUGCUGUGGGGUCUGGAGGGGAUCCUCUACCUGCUGCUGGCCCUGAUGCUGUGCCAUGCACUCUUCACUACUGGCUCCCACCUGCUGGGCUCCUUGUGGCCUGUCGCGGCCGCAGUGUGGCGCCAUCUGCUGCCAGCUGUCCUCCUGCUGGUGCUCAGUGCCCUCCCUGCCCUGCUCUUCACCGCCUCCUUCCUGCUGCUGUUCUCCACGCUGCUGAGCCUCGUGGGCCUUCUCACCUCCAUGUCUCACUCAGGCUACGCUCAGGACUUGGACCAAUAGAAGGGCAACCCCA